AUGGGACUUGCAAUGGCGAAAAAUGUCCAAAGAUUUCUCCAGCAAGACAAAAAAUCCCAAUUAAGAUUCUGGAAUCGGACGGCGUCUCGCGGAGCGCCACUUGAAUUACUUGGAGCUAUUGGAUGCGAGUCUAUCGCCCAACUUGUCGCCGAAUGUGACCUGAUAUUCAUAUCUGUGAAUCUAGAAUGGACCCCUGUCACUGACACCAGGCAACAGACCAGUGAUGAUGCGGCUUUGAAUGGUAUCGUCGACCAGGUAUUGACUGUCAAAGAUAUUGAUGGCAAGUUGUUUGUGGACACUACCACCGUGCAUCCUAAUACGACCAAGGAGACAGAUGAAAAACUAAAGAAGCGAAAUGCAUCAUUCGUUGCUGCACCUGUCUUCGGAGCCACCCCGGCUGCGGAAAGUGGUACUGUGUUGAUGGCAAUGGGCGGCCCAAGCCAAGCAAUCGACAAAAUUGCACCUUUUGGAAAAGGUGUCCUUGCUCGGGAGGUGAUGAUUGUGUCGGAUCAGCCCGAGAAGGCCACUCUGCUCAAAACUUUAGGUAAUUUUAUCGUCGCAGGAACCAUGGAGAUUGUGGGAGAAGCCCAGGUGCUAGCGGAGAAAAGCAACCUUGGCACGGACAUGCUUGAAAAGUUACUUGAGCUGAAUUUUGGAAGUUUGAUUCAUUCCAGCUCUACACGUAUGACGCAGGGCGUUUACAUUCCUGAAGAAGGUCAAUCGCCUUGGUCCAACCUGGAUCUCGGUAUCAAGGAUGUUCAGCAUGGCAUCAAUUGUGCCCAAGACGUCGGCGCAAGAUUGAAAGUUGCCGAGGUGGCACUUGACAAUAUGGUACGGGCAAAGGGCUUUUCGGAUGCACAUGGCAGCCGGCCUUUGGAUUCAUCGUCUGGGUACGGAAUCAUACGUCAGGAUUCUGGCCUUGAGUUUGAGAAUACCUUCGUGAAGGAGCGAGAUACCAGGAAGACGGUUCUUCCUAAUAGUACAUUUCCACACCUAUGUAUGCAGGAGGGCCCGGGGCCGGAGGGGACUUACAAGAACCCUACAUCUAUAUAG